AUGGAGGAUGGAGCAAUGUGCCAGCAGUGGAAGAACCGGCUUCGUGAUCUCACGAAAUCCAUCUACGGCUCGCGUCGUUCUCUACUGGAUACGAUUGAACUAAGAGAGAGCGAGAUGAAGGUCCGUACUACAACCACAUCUAACCCAUGGUCUGCGAACCCGUUAGCACGAGCAGCGGAUAGCCAGGAAGAUGAUCCAAUGGAAGAAGCGAACCCGAUUGUGCGCUUUCGGAGUGACGUGUAUUCAUCCGAGGAGAUAGAAGCAAUGCGGGCGGCGUACACUGAACAGCAUGAUUUCCCGGUUGCAUUACGCGCACCAACAUCAGUGGAGAUGAUGAUAACACAAGGUCUACUCGAAGGCAACAUAUUGGCGCAAGGACUACCUCAAUUUCUAAAGAGGACGUGUGAGAAUGACAUGCUCAGAGCAAUCCAGAACACGAUAUAUGCACAAGUUGAAGGAGAACUGUCUUUCCAGCUACCUAUGGAAUUCCCCGUUUACCCCGAUUUUCAAACGAGAGAGCGACUGGUGGGGGCUAUUCUUCAAGGCGCCAAGCGAGGCGACAUGGAUCAAGCCAAACUCACCCAGAUGCUAGGCGAAACCAAGCAAGUGUGA